CCAAACUGGACGGUGUGAAGACGUACAUGCGUAUGAGAAGGGUGCCCAAUCAUCUUCAGGUUAAGGUCAUCAAAUGGUUCGAUUAUCUUUGGCUAACUCAAAAGUGCUCCGACGAGGAGAAGGCUGUCAGCUGUCUUCCCGACAAGCUCAAGGCCGAAAUCGCCAUUAACGUUCAUCUGGACACUCUGAGAAGAGUCGAAAUCUUUCAGAAUACAGAGGCUGGCUUCCUAUGCGAACUCGUACUAAGGUUACGUCCCGUGCUCUUCUCACCUGGUGAUUAUAUAUGUCGUAAAGGUGAGGUAGGAAAGGAAAUGUACAUAGUGAACAGGGGUCGACUGCAAGUAGUUGCCGACAACGGGAAGACCGUCCUGGCUACCCUGAAGGCUGGUUCAUACUUCGGGGAGAUCAGCAUUCUCAAUAUGGGGACUGCAGGUAAAGAGUGCGGUAAUCGGCGAACAGCCAGCGUGCGAUCGGUCGGAUACAGCGAUCUGUUCGUUCUCAGUAAAAAGGACAUGUGGGACGUCCUUAAGGAAUAUCCCGCGGCCAGAGUUCGUCUAGAAGCGAUCGCCGUGAAGAGGCUAGAGAAGUACAAGCGCGCGCCACUGGAAAAAGCUGCAAUGGGUCGCUGCCAGAGCACACCCGGCCUGAUAGAGUCCCGAGGGCGCGUACCCCUUGAAGAGAUGUGGAUCUCGCCCAUAGACGUGCGAAGUGCGCAUCCUUAUUCGGCUGGACAUUCUCUCUUCAGUCCUACGCCCAGUCCGGUGACGUCAAGGGGCCAGCAGAGUGGUCAUAGCAAUAACAAUAACAACACGAACAACAACAACAAUACUAGAAGUAUGGACAGUCCUAUGAGCGCUACCAGCAGUGGUCAGAGUAGCGAAGAUCCUACCGCCAGAGCACCGCAAUCCGCUGCUACACAAGCAUCUACUGGGAGACAGUCUACCCAAUCGGGCAUGACCUGCAACAGUAUGACGCAACUGAUGAGCGAGGGUGCCACGCCUCUUUUGGGAACCCACGAGGCCCUCCUAGCCGAAAUCAAAAGACUUCGCGAGCGGCUAAUAUCGUUGGAAACUGAAAACGCGGCGAUGAGCGUGAAGCUCAAUCAACAACAAUGGGAAGUGGAGCAUCGUCUGGCGGAAAUUGAGAUGCAGAUAUGCGGUGCGAGCUCUACCUCCAGCAUCGAGGACAAUGAGCGAAACCGGGAGAGCAUCAUUUAACGAGAAACAAGGCCGCGGGAGCGCGGCAAAACGAAA